CACACACACACAGAGAGCUUUGUCAUGAGGAAGCUGACCAGAAGCAGUUAACCCACAUCAGUUUCCUUAUUAUCACUCUAUGACAAGAUUUCAAGAAAAGAUAACAAACUUGUGAGGAUUUGAAGAACGAGAAACUAAAGAAUUAGAUGUCUAAAGUCUACUGUCUUCCAGAUAGCUCAUAUUUUUUCACGGACCACGGUGAACAUGGACUCCUCCAGCAACUCUAGCUUGGACUCCACCUCCCGGGAUUCGGGCCGCCUGAUUUCGAGCACCGUCCUGGGGCUGUGCUGUGCGCUGGGCCUCCCUGGUAACAUAGCUGUCCUGGUGGUCAUCCUGCGCCGCACGUCCCGACGCCCCAACUUCACCCUGUGCCUCAUGCUGAACCUGGCUUCCUCCGACAUCCUGUGCCUUGCCACGGUGCCCGUGUGGAUCUAUACUCUCCGGCAAGGCUGGACUCUGGGCCGUGCUGCAUGCAAGUUAGCCACCUUCAUGCUCUACCUCAGCCUGUAUGCUAACGUGCUAACGGUUACUCUACUCGGUGUCCAGCGCUACCUCCAGGUCCUCUACCCGCAGAUGUGGAACAGGCUGGGGCGCAAGGGGGAGGUAGUGCUGCUCCUGGCCCUGUGGGGUCUCGCCUGUGCUCUGACUGCCCCUGCAGUUGCCACUCGCGAUGUGCGCGAUGGCGAGCUCAAGUGCCAGCGACACACGGGCUCCGAUGCUGAAAGAGUUGCUGUCCUCAUCUUGGAGACCCUUUUAGGGUUUGUGAUUCCGUUCUCUGUGCUGGUCACGUCCUACUGCCGCCUCCACCGGCGGGUGAACCAGACGGCGCUGUUCAGCAGUGCCAAGAUGACCCGGCUGGUGACCAGUGUGGUGGUCGCCUUCUUCAUCCUCUGGAUCCCUGUGCACAUUGUCAAUGUGGUGGACAUCGCUGGCAUUGUGCUGCAGACUUCCUGGCCAGAGGCAUCAGCAGCGCUGCUGAGACACAGAAGCGCGGCAGCGCGUGUCGUCCGGAGUUUUACGUUUUUUAACAGCUGCCUGGACCCCUUCCUGUACGCCUUCGCCUCGCGGAGGAUCCGUGAGCAGCCCAAGUCGUCGUCGAGGAGCGAAAGCAGGAUGCAGGUCACAAAUAUCUGAUGUAUGAAGCUGUGCUCUGCUGGUGUGACUAAAGGCAUGUGAAUGGCAUGCCAACCCCUAAUUCUAACCCUCAGCCUACCCAUAAUCAAACCCCCCACCCUAAACUUAACAAGUCAGGGUACUCUCAAAAAUAAAUUGCUUUUUUUAGGUGUUCUUGACUUUGAUUUUAGAGCAGCCAAAUAAGAGUCCCAUUGCCCCUGCUAUUUUGUCCUCAACAAAACCUACAUUUUGGUUUGCUGACUGUAUAGGCUGUACUUUCUAGGUAUCCAUAGGUUAGCCUAGAUUUGUUAUUUCGGGGAUCUAACGCCCUUCAAGCUUGACCUCCAUUGGUCAAAGCCUAAAUUGUAUUGCUUCUGUCAGCUUUCCCAUGAAUAAAUACAUAUAUUUGGUUACCAUGA